ACCAGCUGCUGUACCAGGCCGCCUCCCCUGACGAGGAGGCCCUGGUCACCGCUGCCCGGAACUUUGGCUACGUGUUUCUGUCUCGGACCCGGGACACCAUCACGCUAGUGGAGUUGGGGGAGGAACGGGUCUACCAGGUUCUGGCCAUGAUGGAUUUCAACAGCGUUCGCAAACGGAUGUCAGUGCUGGUCCGAAACCCAGAGGGCUCCAUCUGCCUCUAUACCAAGGGCGCUGACACAGUCAUUUUGGAGCGUCUUCACAAGAAGGGUGCCAUAGAGGCCACCACGGAGGAAGUCUUGGCUGCCUUUGCAGAGCAGACCCUGCGCACCCUGUGUCUGGCCUACAAGGAGGUGACGGAGGACACCUACAAAGAGUGGGAAUCGGAGCACCAGGAGGCCUCCCUCUUGAUGGAGAACCGCGCCCAGGCCCUGCAGCAAGUGUAUAACAAGAUGGAACAGAACCUGAAGCUGCUGGGAGCCACGGCCAUUGAAGACAAACUGCAAGAUGGAGUUCCUGAGACCAUCAAAUGCCUCAGGAAGGGAAACAUUAAAAUAUGGGUGCUGACCGGGGACAAGACAG